GGCUCUGGCAUCCAACCUGCUGCCGCCAGGACCUGGCCCAGCUGAGUGACUGCCGACCGCGCGCAGAGCACACGCUCGCUCGCACUCCAGCUCCCUCCUUCGCGGUUCAUGACCGCGCGCUCUGCCGGUAGCCUCCGCCAUCCCGCGCUGCACCUCCGCUGCCAGGGGCCCCGAGGGAAGGAAGGCAGCAAGGCAGGCGCAGUGGUGCGCCCGGCUGAGCCCACGACCCCGGCUCGCAGCCUGCUGGCACCAUGCUGCCCACGCACUGCGUCCGCCUGCUCACACCCCACUUGCUGCUUGUGUUGGUGCAGCUGUCUCCGGCUGGCGGCCACCGCACCACGGGCCCCCGGUUUCUCAUAAGUGACCGCGACCCUCAGUGCAACCUCCACUGCUCCAGGACUCAACCCAAACCCAUCUGCGCCUCCGAUGGCAGGUCCUAUGAGUCCAUGUGUGAGUACCAGCGAGCCAAGUGCAGAGACCCAGCCCUGGGUGUGGUACAUCGAGGUCGAUGCAAAGAUGCCGGCCAGAGCAAGUGUCGCCUGGAGCGGGCUCAGGCCCUAGAGCAAGCCAAGAAGCCCCAGGAAGCAGUGUUUGUCCCAGAAUGCAGCGAGGAUGGCUCCUUUACCCAGGUGCAGUGCCACACUUACACAGGGUAUUGCUGGUGUGUCACCCCGGAUGGGAAGCCCAUCAGCGGCUCUUCCGUGCAGAAUAAAACUCCUGUAUGUUCAGGUUCAGUCACCGACAAGCCCUUGAGCCAGGGUAACUCAGGAAGGAAAGUCUCUUUUCGCUUCUUUUUAACCCUCAACUCAGAUGACGGGUCCAAGCCGACACCCACGAUGGAGACGCAGCCGGUGUUCGACGGGGACGAAAUCACAGCUCCCACUCUAUGGAUUAAGCACUUGGUAAUCAAGGACUCCAAACUGAACAACACCAAUGUAAGAAAUUCAGAGAAAGUCCACUCGUGUGACCAGGAGAGGCAGAGUGCCCUGGAAGAGGCCCGGCAGAAUCCCCGAGAGGGCAUUGUCAUCCCAGAGUGCGCGCCCGGGGGGCUGUAUAAGCCAGUGCAGUGCCACCAGUCCACUGGCUACUGCUGGUGCGUGCUGGUGGACACGGGGCGCCCACUGCCUGGGACCUCCACACGCUAUGUGAUGCCCAGCUGUGAGAGCGACGCCCGGGCCAAGAGUGCGGAGGUAGAUGACCCCUUCAAGGACAGGGAGCUGCCAGGCUGUCCGGAAGGGAAGAAAAUGGAAUUUAUCACAAGCCUCCUGGAUGCCCUCACCACCGACAUGGUGCAGGCCAUUAACUCAGCGGCGCCUACUGGAGGUGGGAGGUUCUCAGAGCCGGACCCCAGCCACACCUUGGAGGAGCGAGUGGUGCACUGGUACUUCAGCCAGCUGGACAGCAACAGCAGCAACGACAUUAACAAGCGGGAGAUGAAGCCCUUCAAGCGCUACGUGAAGAAGAAAGCCAAGCCCAAGAAAUGUGCCCGGCGGUUCACUGACUACUGUGACCUGAACAAGGACAAGGUCAUCUCGCUGCCCGAACUGAAGGGCUGCCUGGGUGUGAGCAAAGAAGCAGGACGCCUCGUCUAAGGAGCAGAAAACCGAGGGGCAGGUGGAGAGGCCUGGGAGGCAGGACGGGUCAUCAGACGCCUGACCCUCGACGCUGCCGUGGCCCAGCCACAUCCCAUGUAACAUGAGUGGUGCCCACCGUGUUUGCACUUUUAAUAACUCUUAUUUGUGUGUUCUCUUUUCGGUUUCAUUUGUAAACACCAAUAUCUAAUACCACAGUGGAAAAGGAAAGGGAAGAAAGACUGUUUAUUCUCUCUCUUAUUGUAAGAUUUUGGAUCUGCUACUGACAACUUUUAGGUUGGGAGGGGGGUGUUGUGGGACUGAGAAGAAAGAGAUUUAUAUACUGUAUAUAAAUAUAUAUGUAAAUUGUAUA